CCCUAAAAAUCUUUGAAGCUGAAAUAUGGUGUAGCAAUGGUCAAUCCCUACGUCAACGUAUUUAGAUGCACUUCUUAGCAAUAUCCUUGAUCACAUGGCCCUGGAGCUACAUAAAAAAUGGAUUAUUAUUUAUCCGUUUACGUUCACUCAACUUUUGAGCUCGCCUCCUCAAUAACAUGAAAUUGAUUACCAUGUCCAUCAUCAUUCUUCCCCAAGACUGUUCCACGUCACUACCUGAACAGCAGUCACUCAUCAGGACCUUGAGCGUCGAUGGCAACAAAUAAAACUCGUCUUCCUAAAUUCUACUGGAUUUCAUGCCGGACGUUUCGACUCCAAGAGCAAGAGGGAGAGGAAUCAGGAAAGCGUCCAACUCAGACGUGGCUUGGGAAAUCUUAACAUCAAACACCCAACCCAAAAGCAAUGGCUUUUAUCAACUACCGAGCCCCUUACACAAUCGUCAUUCUGUUGGUGCUUCUACUUCUCAUUCGAUGGUAUUCCGUCGAUCGAUCCACCUCAUUAAGUUUUCCAAACAAAUAUCAACGGGACCCUCGUCCCUCACCGGGUUAUCUGCAACGUACCGGAGCUCAAGAACUUUCCAACCUUGAAGAUAUUGAACCCUACCCAAAAUGUACCCAUGUGCUGACUCUUCUUCCCGGAGGUCGAUGGGCUAACACGGUUAUGGAAUAUGGGUCAUUGUACGGGGUGAUUAAAGACCAUGAAGGCUUUCGCAUCAAGCCUGUUCUGAAUGAUGAAAUGAAGACGAAUUUGACGGAAGUGUUUCCCAACUUAAGCAUCCCCUCAUUCUCCGAGAUGGGAUGCAGUGAUAAAGAUCUGCCAUUUGUCACCACCGAACAAGUGAAGGCAGGGUUCCUCAAGGAGAAAUGGGAACAUCCCAUUCUGUCAUUGCCAAAGUAUUGGUUAAGGGAUAAAUACUUCAUCCCUGCCAUUGAUGAUUUGAAGCAAAAUGAGUUCCAAUUUCAUCCCAGACUAGUCCAAUAUGUAGAAAGAGGUCUUCAGAGUGCAAAAGAAGAUUUUCUUAAAACCCGUCCAGGGUUGGAUCAAGUCAUUUUUGUUGGCCUUCAUGUCAGAAGAACAGAUUACGCUCGUUAUAUUAAGAAGCACAAUGGGACCGCAGUUACGGAACACUACUUCUACAAAGCCAUGAAAAUGGUGAGGGAUAAGUUUGGACCGUCGGUGGUAUUUGUGUCGGCAACCGAUGAUCCAAAAUGGACAAAAUCCAAGUUCUCCAAGUUUCCUGAUGUUUAUUUCUCUUCCAAAAUGCAAAUGGGCAAAAUCGAUCCGGUUCACUUUGAUUUUGCUCUAUUAUCCCAUUGCAAUCAUUCAAUUUACAGUUAUGGAACCUUUGGAUAUAUGACCUCAAUCUUAGCUGGCGGUCAUGUUAUUGCCGCCAAUUCUUACACCGUGGAUAAAUUUAUCGCCCUUACUUAUGCCCGAUCUGAGAGAGGCCAAAACUGGACAAUCAUUAGGGAUCCAACCGUGAAAAUGUAGGGUUUGGAGCAUUCAGAAGCCAAAUGAUGCUCAAGUGGAAUGUUAGAGUGAUUACGAGAAUAUAUGCGCAAAUAGUAACCGAUAUUAAGGCAUCUUUAUUUUGUGUAUGCGUGUAUUGUAGUCUCAAGCAUUACAAUAUAUUAGAAAUGACAAUUAA